UUGCACAUCCAAGAAAUCCAUCUGGAAAAAUUACAAGACAAUUAUCAAAUGAAAAACAAAUACUUAAUGAUUUGAAAACUAAAUUUUCAAAUUAUUUGAAUAUUCAUUUUAGUUUUAAUCAUUUUGAAGAAUUAACUAUUGAAGAACAAUUAAAUAUUAUUAUUCAAACAGAUGUAUUUAUUGGUAUGCAUGGCGCUGGUUUAACUCAUGUUCUAUUUAUGAAACCGAAUAGUAGUCUUGUUGAAUUGGUUACAUCGUCAUGGCAAACACAAAAGCAUUUUGAAUUGAUGGCGUCAAUAAAUAAUGUUAAUUAUCAACGUUGUUUAAUUAUCGAUGGAUCAUUAGCAACAGCACAAAGGAUAUUUGAUUGUAUAAAAGAGAAAAUUUCUCAAAUAUGUCCUUUAAUGAGUGGUUCAGCUCAUUCGCAAUUAAUUACUACAACCUUCUCAACAGUCGUAGGAAACUUUUCUAAUAGUAAUAUAAUAAUUUGA